AUGUUUGGGAAGGAGGAUAUAGGGCCCUUUGCGGACCCUCCACAGAAAGACGGUACCGAGCAUGUGGAAAGAAACGAGAAUGCAAUGCCACGGCGCAUCUUAGCGACAGCUGCAGAACGUGCAAGGCGCAAUAUCAACGCGAAACUGGCCAAUCCAUUGGCUGGGUAUUCCUACGAGGAACUGCGCAGACAAGGCAUCAACUUCGCUGUCAAACAUCAUAUAGGGGAUGAAGAAGAUAUCCGAGCUUUUGGAAUAGGCGCUAUCCUGGCCCAAGUACCGGAGAAAUUCACUCAUGUUCCCGACCUGAGGCCCGAUGAAAUAGAAGUUCUACAGAAGGAGUUCUCCAAUCGUUGGUCCCAGCCUUGGACAAUGUACCUAGUCAUCGCCCUCUGCUCCCUGGCUGCAGCAGUACAAGGAAUGGAUGAGACUGUUGUCAAUGGAGCCCAAAUCUUUUAUAAACACCAAUUCGGAAUUGGGAACGAUGAUUCUAGGUCUAACUGGCUAGUCGGAUUGGUCAAUUCUGCUCCUUAUUUGUGCUGUGCUGUCAUCGGCUGUUGGCUGACAGUGCCAUUCAAUGCUUGGUUUGGCCGUCGGGGGACUAUCUUCAUCACUUGCUGUUUCUCCGCGCUUGCCUGCCUUUGGCAAGGGUUUGUGAACACCUGGUGGCAUAUGUUCAUUGCCAGAUUUGUGUUAGGCUUUGGCAUCGGCCCCAAAUCUGCAACAGUCCCAAUAUAUGCCGCUGAAACAGCGCCUCCUGUCAUUCGCGUGCGAGACCCAGUAGGGAUCACAGGCCUAAACUGGCGUCUCAUGGUGGGCUCUGCCAUGCUUCCAGCUAUCCUGGUUUGUUGUUUUGUUUUUACCUGUCCAGAAUCACCUCGUUGGUAUAUGGCGCGGAAGUGCCACGAUAAAGCAUAUCGAUCAAUGUGUAGCCUGCGAUUUCACAAGAUCCAAGCUGCCCGUGACCUCUUCUACAUGCACACAUUGCUGGAGGCCGAAAAUGGGAUGAAACUCGGUCAGAAUAAAGUACUCGAGAUGAUCACCGUUCCUCGCAACCGGCGUGCCCUGGUAGCGUCUGAGUUGGUCAUGUUUCUGCAGCAGAUCUUCUUAGAAGCAACAAAUCAGCGGAACGCCUUGACAGCAUCCUUAGGUUGGGGUCUGAUUAACUGGCUCUUUGCCAUUCCAGCAGUGUACACUAUUGAUACUUUUGGCCGUCGUAACUUGCUACUUACCACAUUCCCUCUGAUGGCACUUUCCAUGUUCUUCACCGGUUUCAGUUUCUGGAUUCCACAAGAAACUCAUAGCUCGGCGCGACUAGCAUGUAUCGCUUUGGGUUUAUAUUUCUUUGGCAUUGUUUAUUCCGUGGGAGAGGGCCCUGUGCCAUUCACCUAUUCAGCCGAAGCCUACCCGCUCUACAUACGUUCGUAUGGCAUGGCCCUCGCCACUGCGACGACCUGGUUGUUCAAUUUCACGCUUGCUGUUACAUGGCCAUCUCUUCGCAGCGCGUUCACUCCGCAAGGUGCAUUCAGUUGGUACGCAGGCUGGAAUAUUGUGGGUUGGUGGCUGAUACUCUUGUUGAUGCCUGAGACAAAAGGAAAGACUCUGGAAGAGUUAGAUCAGGUUUUCUCCGUUUCCACAACUUUUCAUGCUGCGUAUGGACUUCGACAAAUCCCUUAUUUCUUCCAAAGUCCUGUUCCGCAGCAACAAACUCCCGUCAAGUCUUUCCAGAAUGGAGUCAGAACGACAGGCCGUGCCUUCCAUUCCCCCAACUGGCGUGUGAAGGGUGAGGAGAGCCCCAGUGCGCAGAGCGCGGGGUCUCCUGGUCCGAAGACCAAUACCUCGAGAGUUGCAUUUAGCAGACCCAGCCCUCAUGUCCCUCAGGCUAUCUCCGAAGGACGCCGUCUCUAUGUGGGCAACAUGCCCUACACUGCCAAGUCGGAGGAUGUGCAAGCGCUGUUCACCGCGGCCGAGUUUCCAAUCGAGCGGAUCGACAUUGCCAUUGACCCAUUCACUGGUCGCAACCCUUCAUACUGCUUCGUCGACCUUGAAUCGAAGGAAUUGGCAGAGAAGGCCAUGAACGAAUUGGAUGGUCGCGACAUGCUUGGCCGUCCAGUUAAGAUUAAGCCGGGCGUGGUCAAGUCUUCUAGCGAGCGCUCCCAGCAACAGCAACAGCAGCGGACAGACGGAUCUCCUCGUUCUGAUAGUAAGACCUCGCUUUUCACUAUGGACCGGUGGCGCCGCAGCGAUGCCCCUACCUUUGCCAGGACCAACAGUGAUUCCAGCCGCCGGCUCUAUGUUGGUGGCCUUCCCCGCUUGACCGAUCAAGAAGACAUUUCCAGCAAUAUCACGAAUUUCUUCAAGGACUACAAGCUUGAGAAUGUUAGCAAGCUGUUCACUCCCCACCCCGCGAAGCGCUUCGAGCCCGGUGACCACUACUACUUGUUCGUCGACUUCGGCAGUGUUGAAGAGGCACAAUCGGCCAUGAAUGCCUUGAAUGGGCAGGAGGGUCCUUGGGGAAACCCUAUCCGAGUGCAGAGGGCUCGCGGAGAGACCAACUCUGAAGACCGGAAGAACAAGUGUCAUUCAUGCUUUGUUGGCUAG